AUGCAUAAAUCUAGACGAAAACGUGACUUGGAGCAAGAGAAUCGCCUUCAGAUGAUAAAUUAUAACCAGUUGGAUAAAGACGAGGAUUCGAUUGAGAGUGAUAGUGGCGAUGAAAAUAAAAAUUUAGGAUUCGAAGACGUAUUCAAAGAGAUGUUGAAAGAUCACAGCAUGCUACAAAUAAUUUAUACCUCAAACGGAAAGGACCUAAGAGCACACAACGAUAUCGCUCGUUCUAUGAGAAGACGACGUAAAAGAAAUAUUCCCGUGGACACGCUUUCGCAUGACGUAACAGAGUACAAAACCUUGGAAACUGAGUAUACACGGUGCAAAAAGGAAGAGCUUAAUGUUAAAGAAUGUGAUAAAAUUUUAGAAAAGUUGAAGAGUAUCGCCGAUUUAAUGAGUGAAAAUUUCGUGGAAAUUUCAAAUAUGAUACACGAUUUCAAGCAUAAAAAGUCAGAUUACUCGUUUGCUGAGCUUAUUGACAAUUUAUCGAAAAAGGAGGUAAAAUAUUCAAAUGCUAAAUUGCUCGAUCACAUUGAAAGUAUAGACGCGCAAACCAAGCAAAAAGAUAAUCCAAAUUUACCUAUCUAUAGCACAACCUACAAACCACUAACUAAACCUGGUACGAUCAGUUUACCAACACAGAUGCCUUCGACAGUGUUAUCUCCAACCAUGACAGUCACAGCUGAUCCAUUCGAAGCUUACAAUAGUCAUGAAAACAUAUUAGAUGAUAUUCACGAUCGUAAGGGAAGCCAUAUAUGGUCAUCCGAUCCAAUAGUUCAUUCUACAGCUCAAACGAUAACUGUAACGACAAAAACUACAUCUGCUUUUACAAACAAAAAAUUUGACGUGAGUAAAACUACUCACCACCCGACAAUCAAACCGGUUGUAUACAACCCGGAAAACCAUCGUCCAAUCGUUAAAGACUGUGUCCAUGACCUGGACGAUUUGCUGGCCUCCGUUGAUUUGGGGCCUAACAUUAAAUCCCGAAACUGUACAAAAUCCCACACUACUCCUCAACAACAGCAACAUACUACCAGGGAGUCUGUUCAACAUAGAAAUGUUCCGGAUGAGCCAAUUGACGACUUAUAUACUCAUUUCGGUCAGCCUGCGCAUCCCAUUCAUGAAGAGUUAAGUGACCAUACUAGUGAGCCCAAAGAUAUGCAUGAUUUUAUCAUGAAUCGCUCCAGGAAUCGUCUUCACUAUAGUCACGAUUAUAUGGACCAUCAUUUCCCAACGACUGUUGAAUCAAUGGAUGCACGGUCCACCAAACAGAUGUCCCCGGUGGCAGCUAGUGGACCGUUUCUGAAUCUUUGUCAACAGUUGCGAAAUCAAAAUUCCCAAGGACCCAUUAAAACCACUAUUAGCAAUCACCAUAACUUUCAAGCACAGCAAUUUGGAGGAAUCGGUCAAACUGGAUUUCCUGUGUCCGGAGAGACGUCUCAUGUGAGGUUCACUUCCGCUUAUGGAGGCUAUCCACCAAGUCAUUUCUGCUUUUACCAAGUACCGCAUCCAUCUGGCGUUGUCAACAGACCAGUAUAUGGUCAUCAGGAGGGGCCGCCCGAAUCUAUCCCACUUCACCUGUUGAAUGAUCCAAACAUCACAACCAUCAUUGUACCACGAACUGAUCCGAGAGGAUUUGGUAAUAUACCAGUGAACUAUCAUAAAUUGCCAGGACGACGUGAUGGCGGCGCGACUGAUACUGAAGCAGAGAAUCAAAAAAACAUUCAACUAAUCUGUAGUAUUGUUCAGAAAGGUGCCCUUUCUGAUAGCUAUUCGUGGCCGAUGGGCAGCGUAACUGAGCCGAUCACUACUGGCCAUCAGGCUAAACCCAUAGUAGCGCCUCCCAUUAUAGAAACAUCGUCAAAUGAAACGGAAGAAUUGGACAGAUUCCGAGUACGCACGAAUCGACGUGGACACUGCAACAGGGGAUGGAGUGCAUGUGCUAGUGGUCAUCAAUGUGUUCGAAAUACCCAAUGGUGCAACAGAAAGACUGACUGUCUGGAUGGUAGCGAUGAAAGUCACUGCCCGUGUCCCACACGACUCCAUCCAAAACGAAUUUGUGAUGGUUAUCGAGAUUGUCCGCUAGGUGAAGAUGAAAUGGGCUGUUUCGGGUGCGACAAAUUUUCGUUUUCAUGUUUCAAUAGUGUUUACGAGUUUGAAAGUGCCUCUAAGGCCGGCGCAACAUGCUUUACGACAAUUGAGAAAUGUGAUGGUUUCGAUAAUUGUUUCAAUCAUAAGGAUGAACAAGAUUGUACGAUGUUGGUAAAAGAUUUGGGAAAUGUUAAAGCUUUCUCUGUAGGGCAUUCAUCUGGCGUUUUACAUCGCAACCAUAAAGGCAAGUGGUAUCCUGUUUGCCGUAAUCCUAUAGCCCUGGCACGGCAAGCCUGUGAGGCAGAAAUAGGUCCACUAGAUCACGAACCAUCGAUCGAACGAAUGCAGGGACACCUUCCGGGGCCCUUUAUACAAGGAAAAAGCUCCAGUCAACAUGUGUUCCAGCCACAUUUUACGGACACGUGUAACGGAGAGUUUAACUAUGUAAGGUGUCCUCAGCCAAAGUGCGGUACAACAAAGCUGAAUGAAUUCCCCAGUGCACGGAUAAAAAUCCGAUCGAAGCGAAAUACUACGGAUGAGAUAGUGAAAAGUGUUCGGAUAGUUGGCGGUUCGGAUGCAGAACCGGGUGCUUAUCCGUUCAUUGUGGCUAUCUUCCGUGAUGGAAAGUUCCAUUGUGGCGGAAGCAUCUAUAACGAACAUUGGAUUAUCUCGGCAGCCCACUGUUGUGACAAUUAUCAUAAACAUUAUUUUGAGCUCCGCGCUGGAAUGCUGAGAAAGCGUAGUUUCGCUGCACAAGUACAGAUAGCCAUAAUUACACAAAUUAUUGUCCACCAUGGGUACAGUGCCCAAACGAUGGCCAACGAUAUCAGUUUGAUGCGCACGGAUCGAGUGCUGCACUGGAACCGCUGGGUGCGUCCCAUUUGUCUGCCAGAUCGACACCGUACAACCGGCGAUCGUGACUGGUUAUGGGGACCGAAAGCCGGUUCACUUUGUACGUCAAUUGGAUGGGGUGCUCUUUGGGAGCGUGGAAGAGCACCGGAUCACCUAAAACAUGUGACAGUGCCAAUUUUAGGUUAUUGCAAACACAAAAAUGACCGAGAUGGAAUGUAUAUUUGUGCCAGUGAUCCCGAAGGUGGUCACGAUGCUUGUCAAGGAGAUUCCGGGGGACCCUUUGUCUGUCCAAGCUCUUCUAAUCCAAACGAAUGGUAUCUUGCCGGUGUAGUUAGCCACGGAGAAGGGUGUGCUAGAAGGAACGAACCGGGAGUGUACACCAGAAUAGCUCUUUAUUUAGAAUGGAUAAAAAACAAAGUUGAGGAGUCACCUUCGGAUAUGACUCCUUUGAUGGCUUGUCCCGGUUUUCAGUGUCCAUGGGGAACCACUAUCUGCUUACCAUCGUCAAGACGGUGUAAUGGAGAGGUACACUGUCUUGGUGGUGAGGAUGAAGCAAACUGUCCCUUGGAUAAUCUGCUUGGAAGUGUUAUGAACAGAACUGAAAACACUACUACUUCUAAUUUAGAAACUACAACUAUAGCAGCAAAAGUAAGCUCAGUAUCGGGACAUAUUGACGGUACAUCUACUCCAUUACCACUGAUGACUAAUUUAAACGAUACGAUAUCCGCUGCUUCAAAUAAAACAACUAGAAUUAUUGUAACCACUGCAGAAAGCCCUCCACAUACAUUGACGCUGGGUUUUAGAAAUUAUUCAACAUCUACUAGUAAUCCAACAACCAGUACUGGAAAACCAGUAACCUUUACCGUUAGUACCACGCCUUGUCCUUCAGAGACAACAACCGUUCAGACCACAACAUCUUCUACGACUACCUUGACAUAUUCCUCAAUGCACGCUUCUCAAAUAAAUGUUAUGAAACAGGAGUUGGAAACUACAUCCGAGCUUCCGCGAAUCGAAGAAAUUCUGUCAACCGUUACGAGACAAGAGUUGGAAACUACAUCCGAACUACCGCGAAUCCAAGAAAUCCUGUCAACCGUUACGCAACAGGAUUUGGCAACUACACCCGAGCUUCCACGAAUCCAAGAACACGAGACUCAAACACAGUCUUUCAGAGCGUUAAACGAGACACAGGAUGUUCUUAAAACGUCUACCAUCAUUCCAUUAGAAGAAACAGCUGUCAUAAGCAAUGCUACAGACCAUAAAAACGUAACAGAAAUGCAGCAAGUAGCAUCGGAGAUAACAAGAGCAGUUGCUACGGCUAACGAACAUCCCUUUUUCCGGAAUCUUGUCGAUUUGCACGACGAAAAGUACAAACGACUUAAUAUGUUCCAUCUGUCAGCACACAACUUGCACACUUCGUUGCAGAACAUCUCCGAUAUAGCAAUCAACGAAACUUAUCGGUAUAAGCGUUUUAGCUGUAAUAAAAUCCGUCAAUCUAUCAAUAUUGCUCAUAGAUGCGACCGCAUCAUAGACUGUGAGGACGGGUCAGAUGAAGUUGGCUGCACUUGUCGUGAUUACUUGCAAGAUAAGUACAACUUUUUGAUUUGCGAUGGAAAAACAGAUUGUUGGGAUUUGACUGACGAAAAAGACUGCUUUAAAUGCGAACCGGGAACGCACGCAUGUCGAAUGAGCAAAAAGUGCAUCCACGAGAAUCAAAUUUGCGAUAGUCAUCCGGAUUGUCCUUUGCAUGAGGAUGAAUUGGACUGCGUUGCGUUAACCGAUGGGUAUAAAGUGUACUAUGAUGCCAACAACCUAUCCCUGUUCAGAUACGACGGGUUGGUAACUAAGAAUAAAAACGGUUCCUGGCAUCUUGUUUGUGGAGUGGAGAUAGACAACCAAACGGCUGCAUUUGCUGGAAAGAUAUGUUCCUUUUUAGGAUUUGCCGGCCACAAAAAUUACUCCCAAUACAUUCUUCAGCCGCAUGUUAACAUGUCAUCGGAUCUUUCCGGAGCACUGUUAGAACUAGUUAGAUCUCAUCGCAAUAUAUCUGCGGAAGCCGAUUGUAAGGCUCUUCAUGUAUCUUGUGUUCCAUACAUUAAUGCUACAGAACAUGAAAUUAGCCACUUUGAGAAUCAGCAUAAGGAAAUUCCAGUACAGGUCAAUAUCAAACCAAUCAAUCCAAUCAAAAAACCACAAAAUCAAGACCAUAUUACAUUCCAUGAGAAUGAGCACAUCGAAUUUAUCGAAAACUUUGGUGACGACUAUGAUUGGCCCUGGAAUGUUGACAUCUACCUUGAAGGAGAAUUCUUAUGCAGUGCCAUAAUCGUAGAUGUCAGUUGGGUAAUCGUAGAAAGUUCCAAUAUGCGAUUAAUAGGUUUGAAAAACGACUAUCUUUCCAUUGUGGCCGGAGGUGCUAAAUCUUAUCUGAAAAUUACCGGCCCAUACGAACAAGUAGUCAGAGUGGAUUGUUAUCACUUCAUACCUGAUGCACGGGUUGUUAUGUUGCAUUUGGAAAAGCAGCUGACUUUCACUCGCCAUGUUCUUCCGACAUUCAUUCCGGAAGUAAGAAUAUUUUUAGUUUGUCAAGAUAACGGAUAUUGCAUGAUUAUUUUCGAUUCCAGAGACAGUAAAAUCGAAGACAACCAGUGCCUUGCUGUAGCCCAGGAUAAACUAGGAAGAACACGAACGUUGCGAGUUCAUAUCGAUACGACAAACUGCACGUCAGAUAAAUACAUUUGUUAUCAACGCGAUCGAGAGCAUAAUUAUCACGCUGAGCAUUGCUAUUCGGAAGCUGCAAUUCGAUCCGGGGUUGUGGUUUGUAAAACAACACUCUCCGGUUGGUAUCCAGUAGGAUUCUAUCAACACAAGCGUGGUCUCUGCGGGUUCGAUGAAAUCGUACGAAUGAUCUCGCUGAAGGAAUACUUCCAUGAUAUUCAGCAUGUUCUGGGUCAUCGCAAAUGUGAUUACCAAUUUCCAGCACCACACUGCGAGGGUAAACGCUGCCGUUAUGGAAAGUGCGUUGAUCACUCGUUAGUUUGCGAUCGAAAGUUAGAUUGUAACGAUGGUUCGGAUGAGCGUGAAGAUUGGUGUGCAGAUAAGAACGGGACCACCGCUUGUCUACCAACGCACUUCCGUUGCCAAAACGGGCAUUGCGUUGAGAAGAGUAAGUUCUGUGAUGGACGAAAUGAUUGUGGUGAUCUGUCAGACGAACCACACGAAUGCUCUUGCUACACGUAUAUCAAAGUGACUGAACCAUCGAAAAUAUGCGACGGCAUUCGUAACUGCUGGGAUAAAUCGGAUGAAAAUCCGCGUCUUUGCAAAUGCAGGGAGUCACGAUUCCGCUGCGGUGACACAAAUACCUGCGUUGCGCAGGAUUUUGUUUGUGAUGGCGAGGUUGAUUGUCCCGGCGGAGAAGACGAACGAUACUGCUAUGCUCUGCAGCAGAAUACAGCAGAAACCAACUUUGGAGAGGUAAUGCAACAAACUUUUGGGAUUUGGCACUCGAAGUGCUUUCCCAAAAAUGUCAAGUAUGACGAUCAGCAGAUAAAGCAGAUUUGCGAGAGCGUUGGAUAUCAUCGGGUACCGAAAGUCUACGGUCGUAAAAUGAUUCAAGAAUCCAGGCUGCGGACAGCAAAUAGCACCGACCAUCCUGUGGACCGCUUGAGAAAAACGGCCACCAAAGCUGUUGUUCAGAACAAAUUUUCCAGAGUGAAGAUCAAUGAAAAACAAUCAUUUUUCAUGAAACCUAGUCGACCCAUGUUCCGGUUAGUAAACUGGAAUGAAGAGGAUGAGCGAAACUGCGAUAGAUUAGAAAUAAAUUGUGGCAACUGA